CCGACAACUCGUCUCGUCUUAGCAACCACACCUUUUUAAUCAUGUUGCGACUUCUAAUUUUUACUGCUUUAUCCAUUCUCGUCAAACUCAACAUCGCCCUGUACCAGUCACCAGUUUCAGAACCAGUCGUUUUCCCGCAUGGCUACAACAAGGAGCAAGUUGAACGAAAUAUGAAGCGGUGGAGACCAGAGCACGGUCAUCAACUGUGGACGCUGAGCGGAUUGCGCGAAGGCGACAUCAUGGACAACCACCAUGCGGGAAGAAAUGUGAUCAGAGACACGAAAAAACUGUGGAAGAACAAUACUGUUCCUUUCGCGUUCACACCAGGAUACAGUCAAGAAGAAAUUUUGGAGGUAAUCAAAGGAAUGAACAUCAUCAUGAACGGCUCUUGCAUCAAAUUCCGUUCCUACGAACCGGAAAUCGACGACGAUUACAUUCUGAUCCGCAACGACCUGUCAGGCUGCUGGUCCCUUGUGGGUCGCCAGGGCACCGGACAGCAGCCGGUGAGUUUGAUGACACCUAGGAAUGGCUACACUUGCAUCCAGUACGGAUUGGCAGCCCACGAAUUUCUGCACGCUCUCGGUUUUGAGCACGAGCACAAUGCGGCCAACAGGGACGACUACGUGACAAUCCACUUUGAAAACGUCAAACCCGAAAAUUAUCACGAUUUCGACAAAGUUUCGGAAGCGAAUUUCACUGAUUUCUGCGUGGGUUACGACUACGACAGCGUCAUGCACUACGGCAGGACUACGUUCAGCAUCAACGAAACCUAUUUGGAAACGAUUGUGCCGAAGGAUCCGAAUGCGGUGAUUGGCCAGUCUGACCACGUGUCCAAGAAGGACUUUCAGAAGUUGAACCUCAGAUAUAACUGCACCGAUUUUCUUUGAAAUCGUAAUGAAAAGGCUUAAAAGAAAAUGGAAGCUUGUGAAAUAAAAUUUAAAUUUGAA